AUGGCUCUAGACGAGCAAGUGAAUGGAACCAAGAACCAUACCGUCACCGACGGUCUCAGGAUUAUCAUCGUAGGAGCCGGCAUUGGUGGUUUAUCAGCCGCAAUCAAUCUUAGAAAGCAGGGACACAAUGUCACGAUCUAUGAGUCAAGCAAGUUUGCAACUGAAUUGGGAGCUGCAAUACACAUACCACCAAAUGUGUACGGUCUUUUGGAACGUAUGGGAAUUGAUAUACCAGCAACAGGAGCGAAUCUAUGCAAAAAACUCUCAUGGUACACGUCUUCUGGACAUUCUACAGGAGCUGGUGACAUGACGAAGACGAGUCACAUGUGGAAGCACCCAUGGGUUCUCGGCCAUCGUAUCACUCUUCACAAUAGCCUUAAAGAUGCCGCGCUGAAAUCUGGAGUAAAGUUGCAACUUUCAUCACCAGUAUCGGAAGUCGAUCCUGAGUCGGGGACAGUCAUUCUUCGUGAUGGUAGCAAGGAUGUAGGCGAUGUUAUUGUUGGAGCCGAUGGAGUCCACUCUGUGACGCGAAAAUUUGUAAAGUCUUGCGACAAAAAACCUUACAGCAGCGGCAAAAGCGCCUUUCGGUUUCUCAUCCCACGCCAAAAGGUUCUGGACGAUCCACAGACGCAAAAAUACGCUUCUGAAGACGGAAACCUAGUCAUGAUCAUGCAUUCAGACAGAAGAAUGGUCAUGUAUCCGACUAGCAACAACACCUUGCUGAAUUUGGUGUGCAUACAUCCCGAGGGAGAAACAGCCGCUGAUUCAUCUGGAGAUUGGAACAAUAUGGCAACGAGGGAGAUGCUACUGAGGGUUUAUAAAGACUAUCACGAGGACUUCCGAGCAAUAUUGGCCAAGGCGGACGAGGAUUCAUUGAAGCUUUGGAGACUGCUUGAUAUGGACACAAUGGAAAACUGGACGACAGGUCGUCUGGCUCUUUUGGGCGAUGCGGUUCAUCCAUUCCUGCCACACCAAGGUCAAGGUGGUGCAGUUGCCAUUGAAGACGCCGUAGCUCUCGGAAUUGUUCUUGAAAACGGCGUUAAGCCUGAUCAAGUUGAGGAGAGAUUAAAACUUUAUGAGCAGAUUCGCAAAGAAAGAGCAGAUAAGCUUCAACACUUUACUCGUCUCUCUGGCGAGGAUCUUGCGCCUGGACAAACCUCCAAAGUUGAUUACGAAUCAAUUACUGCUUACAAUUUCGGCUUCGAUGAGUUUGAUAAUUCGACACAGAGACUGCGCGAGUGGAAGUGGUCAAAACAACCACCAUCAUAUUGGAGAAUGCCAGUUGGAUUCGGCCCAGCACCAGGCCCUAGGCAGAAAGUGGAUGGCACUCCGAGAGACGGGACCAAUUCAACUUUUGUCACGUCCUCGAUCAAAUUCAAAACUUCGAGAACGGUGCUCCAGAAUCUCUUUCCUCCAGGUUCAAAGCAAUGGAAGUUUGCCUCACCGGCGACAGUUGCAUAUGCGUCGAUAACGCAGACUACACUAGACAGAAUGGAAUGGCUGGGAGACAAGGGGUACAAUUUCCUCGGUCUAAUUAUGCACGGAGUACAGUAUACCACAGAUAGUGGUAAAGUAAUUAAUGGGUUGCAUCUUCCGGUUUUAUUUGAGUCACUGACGGACCCGAUCAUCACCGGUCGUGAUGAAUUGGGCAUGCCGAAACUCUUCUGCGACAUUGACAAGACAAGAGGCACGAGUUCUCAAAUUGUCAAGACAUCGUGGCGCGGAGCGGAAUGGGGCAUCUUUGAAUGGGAAGGUCUCGAGGAAGUCAAAAGUGAGGAAAAGGAAGGCCUUAUGGGUGGGAGCGAUGCUGGCGAAGGAAUUCUCGCAGUGAGAUAUUUCCCAGACGUAGGUAAGGAAAAGAAGGGGCAGCCUGUCGUGGAGACUGUUGUCCUGGACCGUUUUGCAGACGCAAACCCGAAACCAAACAUUAAGCGGGUAUUUAAGGCUAAAAACGCGUGCAUCUCCAUCAAAGCGGGAGAUGAGCAUAGCCUACCUACAUUACAUUACAUCACUUCACGACUGGCAGAAAUACCAAUCUAUGAGAUCGUAGAGGCUCGGAUCAUUGAAGGAACAGGGGUUGCAGAUAUGGGUCACGUUGUGAAAGCCUGAGCCGUACGACUUUGACGUUGAUUGAUGUAGGAAAAGGGUAAUCUAGUGGCAAGAGCUUGUGUCAUUGCAAAGGCUUCAGAAUA